GCCCACCACCUUUAUUUUAGCAUUAGAUUCCACAGAAUGCUGGCUUAAUCCCUCACUCAACCUUCAAAUUUAUCCACCUUCGUUAUUCUCUCUGCUUUGUAAAAUGUAAGCAAAGUAGAUGCCCUCUCUGAAGAAUACUGGGAUAAUUAACCAUUCAAACUUGAAAGCCAAACUCAAAACCACCUAACCUUUUCUCUCCUCUCUUCUCUAUUUAUAAAUUAGCAAUAGGAUUCCAUAAUCAUCCUUGAUAGCUAGCUGUAUUGAAAGAAGAAAGGAAGGAAGGAAGGUGGUCGAUCAGUUCUCACCCAAAAAGAGAAAAGAACAAACAGAAUACAAGGAAGACAGCCAUGAAGAUUGACAAAGAGAUGCCACACCCCUCCCAUCCCCAACACAAGCUCCAGCUGGAGUACACAGAAAUCCCUUUCAACUGCGAUGGGUGCAAGGAAGCUGGGAUUGGGCUUAAAUACAGAUGCCAGCAGUGUGAGUUCGACCUGCACAAGGCCUGUGCCCAGGCACCUCAGUUGAUGGUGCAUCCUUUCUACAAGAAAUGCGAGUUUCGGUUGUACCACCGACCCCCUGGGACUCUCGCAAGGAUAUGUGAUGCUUGUAGAAAUGACGUUGUGGGAUUUGUCUACCACUGCGAGGGCUGUGGCUUCGAUCUCCACCCAUGUUGCGCCAACCUCCCACAAGUCCUAGAUGAUGGUGAGCGAAACCUUUACCUCUCUCUCAAGCUCUCCAGCUCCUGUCAUCGCUGUGGUGGUAAAGGUCCUGGUUGGUCUUACAGAUCCGAGUGCAAGAACUACAACCUUCACGUCUCCUGUGUCAAAGAAUUGCUCAAGGAAAGCUGGCAGGCCAUGUAUCUCAAUGCCGACAAGAACAGAGUUAGGGAGAUGCAGACCAGAAUUCCUAGCCUCAGAGGUACCUUACAGAACCACCACAGCAGGGGAAAAGUGGGGAAGGUGCAGAAAUGUUGCCAGAUCGCUGCCGGUGCGGUUCGCAUUAUAGCUUCUGCAAUUCUAGGUGAUCCAACGGCCAUUAUAGCUGCUGCAGUUGGGGGAUUCAUAUCCAAGUGAUGAAAAAAAUUGAAGGAAACUAAAACUAUUGAUGUUUAUUUUAUUAUUAUUCUAUCGACUUGCACUUUCUUUACCUUAAUCUGCUACCCUAUUGGCUAUUUCUACUCUAUGUAAGUAUUGUUGGGCUUGUAAAUUUGGAGUCCAUUAUCUCCUUAAUUAUAUGUAUCUAUCAUUAUGAAUUGUUGUUGUCUA